AUGGGGUCAAAGAUUUGCAUGAAUGAGUUGUGCCUUGCAACGACGUCGUCGGAAUGGAAGAAAGGUUGGGGCUUGAAAUCAGGUGGAUUUGCUAUUCUCUGUUACAGCUGCGGAUCUGCUUAUGAAAAUUCAGUUUUUUGCGAGUCAUUCCACCGAGAGGAAUCUGGUUGGAGGGAAUGCAGAGUAUGUGCGAAGCGCAUCCACUGUGGAUGCAUAGCUUCAAAAUUUUUACAUGAAUACAUGGAUUUUGGAGGUGUAGGGUGCAUAAACUGUGCAAAGCGUAUGGAAAUUAAUUUAAUGCAAUCAAUGCAGAUCCCUGGUGGUGCCAUUCCAAAUGGCAUAUUUGUUACAAACGGUAUUGGAGAUGUGCAUCCAACAGCUGUCGAGAGUAGAAUUAAUGAUGAAAAUUUUAGUAUGGAGAGGCUACUGCAGUUAACCAAGACUGUAGGGGCCAAUGAACCUGGACAAACAUUUCACUCUCAUAAACGAGAAACCGUGGAAAAGAACAGACAAUUUGUGAGUCGUACCCAACGAUCGGGUGAAUCAUCUUCAUAUACCAAGAUAGACAAUUGCAGGUCUAAACAAGGGGUUAAGGAUGUUUAUGAAUCUAUUUCACAGACUCAUCUAAACAUCUCUUUGAGCUCUCCUUUAGGUGGCAACAGCUCCGGUUUGCCUUUUGCUGCCGGAAACGUAGAAGGAAGUGAACAGAGCAAAGGCUCAUCCGCCCAUGGGCAGAGGUCACACAAUAUUUUGCUGAAACCACCUGUAUUGGUCUCUGAGCAAAACAAAGGAACUGUGCGCAUUGCAAGGCCUCCUGCUGAAGGAAGGGGCCGCAAUCAGUUGCUUCCUCGAUACUGGCCGAGGAUUACAGAGCAAGAGUUGCAGCAAUUAUCUGGAGAUUUGAAAUCUCCUAUCACACCGUUGUUCGAAAAGGUUCUGAGCGCUAGUGAUGCUGGACGGAUUGGUCGUUUGGUUCUUCCCAAAGCAUGUGCUGAAGCGUAUUUUCCUUUUAUUAAUCAAUCAGAAGGUAUACCAAUUAGGAUUCAGGACAUAAAGGGGAAUGAGUGGACAUUUCAAUUCCGAUUUUGGCCCAAUAAUAACAGCCGAAUGUAUGUUUUAGAGGGAGUAACCCCUUGCAUCCAAAGUUUGCAAGUACAAGCUGGUGACACAGUCACAUUUAGCAAGAGAGAUCCUGGGGGUCAGCUUGUCAUAGGUUGUCGGAAAGCAACCACCAUUUCUGAUAUGCAGGGUUCCCAAACGCCUACCAUUCCACACGGUGGUUCUCCAGGAGAAACGUCAGUUUCUGGUCAUACCGAUAACCUGCUUCCAAAUGGAGGCAGAACAAGUGAUGAUUCUAUGCAACGGCCUACGCCAAUAUUAGAGAAGAAGAAGAUGAAAAACAUAAAAAAUAAGAGGCUUCUUAUGCAUAGUGAUGAAGCUAUGGAGCUUAGAGUCACCUGGGAAGAAGCGCAAGAGUUGUUCCGUCCAUGUCCAACUUCCAACCCUACGGUUGUCAUGAUUGGAGAUCAUGCAUUUGAAGAAUUUGAGGAACCACCAAUUUUUGGAAAGAGGACAUAUUUUACACCUUCCUUCUCUGGGGAGCAGGAACAAUUGGCUCAAUGUGACAGUUGCUCAAAAUGGAGAAGGUUGCCUUCGCAUGUCCUUCUUUCUGCAAAGUGGACGUGUUCAGAGAAUAUAUGGGACUCAGACAGGCGUUCGUGUGCUGCUCUAGAGGAUAUAAAUCCAAGGGAUCUGGAUGCUUUCUUUAGAGUUAACAAGGGUAUCCACCAGGAUAACAAAGCACCUGAAGAUGGGGAGCCUUCUGGCUUAGAUGCCUUGGCAACUGCUGCCGUUCUGGGAGACAACAUGGGUGAGUUGGGAGAGUCUUCUGUUGGAGUCACUACAAAACAUCCUCGGCAUCGCCCCGGUUGCUCGUGCAUUGUCUGCAUUCAACCUCCAAGUGGGAAAGGUAAGCAUCAGCCCACAUGCAAAUGCAAUGUUUGCUUGACAGUUAGACGUCGCUUCAAGACACUCAUGAUGCGUAAGAAAAAGCGACAAUCGGAACGGGAAGCCGAGCUUCUUGCCCAGGCCAAGGAAAAGGGUCCCUUAAAUGAUGAUAUUGAAAAUGAAGAAAUUGCUGGACAUGCAUUGCUGCGUAUGAUUCAGACAGAAAAUGCAGCCGGUACGAGUGGAAAUCAACUGGAGUUGGCCGAGACCAACAAAGGACAACUCGACUUGAAUUCUGAUCCUCAUCAUGAGGACAAUAUGCUCGAAGAGGCUGCUGGGAUGAGCUUGACGGCCCUAAUCAAUGCAGCUAGCCUUCCUUUGGAUAUGUAUUUUGGACUGAAUGGAGUUGGUCCUGGUUUGCUUCCGCAAGCUGCUGACGAGAGCAAUGGAUAUGGUGAAGCGGGCAUCGCAUCUGGUAAUGAGGCGCAGAAGAAGGGUGAAGAUGGGUAA